UAUCAUCUUCUUCUGCCAUUCUCACUCUACCACUCGUUCCACUUCCACUCAUCACCUGAAACCUGCGAGACUCGCUCUCAUGGCGAACCCCCACCUCCCACCGCUCUCCCUCCUCCUCCUCCUCCUCCUUCUCGGCUCGGCCCACGGCGUCUCCGCCGUCGGCGUCAACUACGGCACCAUCGGCAACAACCUUCUCCCGCCGAAGAAGGUGGCGCAGCUCCUCCAGUCCACCCUCAUCGACCGCGUCAAGAUCUACGACUCCAACCCGGACAUCCUCGACGCCUUCUCCAACACCGGCAUCGACCUCGUCGUCGCCGUCGAGAACCCCCUCGUCGCCAACCUCAGCAAGGACCCCUCCGCCGCGGCCGAGUGGCUCGCCUCCCGCGUCGCCCCCUUCCUCCCGGCCACGUCCGUCGUCUCCGUCGCCGUCGGCAACGAGUACCUCACCUCCGGCGACGACAAGCUCGAGCCCAACGACGUGGUCCAGGCGAUGCAGAACCUGCACGCGGCGCUGGUGGCGCGCGGCCUCGACCGCAAGAUCAAGGUCUCGACGCCCCACAGCAUGGCCGUGCUUGCGGCGUCGUUCCCCCCGUCCUCGUCCACCUUCGCGAUGACUCUGCUCCCGACCAUGACCUCGAUCGUGCAGUUCCUCGCCGACACCGGCGCUCCGUUCAUGAUCAACGCGUACCCCUACUUCGCUUACCGCGACAACCCCAGCUCCGUCGACCUGGAGUACGCAUUGCUCGGGAACAAGACGACCGUCCGCGAUCCGAAGGGGUACGUGUACACGAACAUGCUGGACGCGCAGAUCGACGCCGUGAGGUCGGCGAUCGGGGCGCUGGGGUUCGGGAACCGGUCGAUCGAGAUCACGGUGUCGGAGUCGGGGUGGCCGUCGAAGGGAGAGGACGGGGACAAGGCGGCGACGCCGGAGAACGCGAGGACGUACAACACGAGGCUGAUAGAGAGGGCGCAGGCGAACAGGGGGACGCCGAUGAGGAAGGAGGAGAGGGUGGAGAUCUUCGUGUUCGCGCUGUUCAACGAGAACAAGAAGGAAGGCGGCGUCGCCGAGAGGAACUUCGGGCUGUUCGCCGGCGACGGGUCGAAGGCGUACGACGUGGAGCUGAGCUGCCAGUUCUGCAGCGGCGGAGUGUCGGGGUUCGGAGAGAAAGCGGCUGGGAGCAGUGGCGUGGCCCUGAGGGGGCCGUCGGUGUGGUGCGUGGCGAAGCCGCACGCGGAGGAGGGGGUGCUGCAGGCGGUGGUGGACUUCUGCUGCGGCGCCGGCGGAGUGGACUGCAGGGAGGUGUACGAGGGAGGGGACUGCUACGCGCCGGAGAAGGUGCACGCGCACGCGUCCUACGCCAUGAACGCCUACUACCAGAUGCACGGGAGGAACUACUGGAACUGCGACUUCAAGGGCACCGGCCUCGUCACGUUCAGCGACCCCAGUUACGGAAGAUGCCGGUACUCUCAGCAGUAGUAGAGGAAAGCAAGGAAUCAAAUCGAAUGGGCACCCUGCGCGCUUGAACAGUCGAGCGCUUUUCUCGAUGAAAAAGCACCCACCAUCAAGUGUGUACUCGAUUGGAGAUUUUGAAUGUGUUGAAUUAUAUCGUGUGGGUUCCACUUCUAUCCAUAAAUGUCUUCGAAAGUGAUCUGGCCUUUUCCUCGACCUAAGCAAAAAGCUCGACUUUUUGUGUCUAGACAAACGAGGGCGAGCUCUCUUAGCUGGCGUUCUUUUCGGUGGCCGUGUCUUUCGUUUCUUUGCCCCCUUUUUUUGGGUCUUUCUUUGGGACGAAACUUGUUUCCGAGGUCCCUUUUGCAACCCCCUACGAUGUUCGUGAACGCUCGUGCAUGAACUCACGACCAAACCACAAAGUCGACAUGCUUGUGGCGGACCAUGGUCUCGAGUAUCAAACGCCCCAAAUGCUGCAUCGAAAUCCGAGUUUGCAAUGUAUUGGAAUCUCUUUGCACGGCUUGUGCAUUUAUGAACUUUCCGUUAAUCA